UUUUAAUCCACGCCGUAUGAAUAGAUCUAAAAAUGACACACUUGAAUGAUUUUAUCCGAACAUAAGCAAAAAUAUGGAAUUGUAAUAGACAGUUAGACAUAAACCUCUUUUUUGUCGUGUUUGCUUGUUUUUCGUAACCGUUGUAUUCUCCUCUCUUUAAAGAGCCUCUCUGGAUAUAGCAAGUUUAAAACUAAAUCACAUUUUGGUAAAAAAAGUAUGCGUGCAUAUUCUGUUGUUCGUUUUCUCUGUUUAAAUUUUAGUAAAAAAUAUUUAAUUGUAUGUACUUGUAACGGAUUUGCAGUGAUGAAAUUGUUGAAUAAAAUGUAUUGGUGUACAUCAAUAACUUGUAUAAAUGCGGUCCUUUCACUGAAAUAUGGAAAGCCUUUCAGUAUCUCUUUCACAAACUCUGGUUUAUUUACACCUUAACUUAAACAUUUUCAACAAGAAAUAUAUGUACAGCGUUUUGUUGUUGAAAACGAUCGUAAAUAAAAUCAAACACUUAUGACUUAUGUCGCGGAUGUUUUUCUGAACAAUCCAUAGCCACAUGACAUCUUUAUCUACAUUUAAAUAAGUACGAAGGUAGUUUACAAUCUCUAUCGCAGACCUCACAUCGAGACAUUGGACACUCAACAAAUACUAGAAUUUAUUUGGGAAAAAAACCUUGGAUAUACAAAUGUUGCGUGUUACAGAGUUGGUCUAUCAAUAUUAAAUAUAAAAACGAUUCAGCGCCGACAAGCACUAAUGUUUGACAGUGUUUGCCGAUCAAAAUAAUGAUCUCUAUAUGAUCUAAGUCUCGCAUUUUCCUUGUUUCAAACGUUGAUUUUCGUUUGCAGAAUUAACGUUUAAAAUGUUUCUUUGAAAAACCAUAUAUUUUUGCGAUCUUGCAGUAAAAUUUAAUUAGGCUUUCAUGUUGGCACUUCGACAAUAUUACCGUAAAUUUGUCUCAGCACACAGUCGUUACCAACACGUUGGCUCGUAUAGUGUGCAGUACAAUAGCAUGUCUUAUGUGAAGUGCGAUACAUCUGCAUACAUAAUGGGAAUUUCACCAAUAAGUAUAUCCGUUAUGAUAUACUGCACAACAAAGAUAGUCAAUCAUUUGUUCGUGUCAUAAUUUAACACUUUCUUAAAAUAAGACAGUUUCAAUUUGCUUAGUUCAUGUAUUUUUAAACAAAUUCCAGUUAUCUAUCCGGUUCUAUGGUGGAAAAUUUCCUCAACAUUUUAUUGGCUCUUGGCAAAGGCCAAUUAAGGUGAAAACUGGUUAGACACAUACUCCGAAAUACUCGCCUGAAUGUUAUAGAGCAGUUGUGCCCACUGUCAGCAGAAGUAAGAUUCUGUUUAAUAGUCUUUAAAAAUGACAGACAUGCGGACUGACUCUUCUUACCUUUGGUUUGCGAUGAUAAAGUUACAUGUUACCUCAAUCCAGCUUUUAAGUGUAUUGUGUGGCUUUCUGCCUCAUAAACCGCGACAAGAAUCACACAGACACGUAUGCACGUACAAUGUUCUGAGGUCGUCUUAUAGAGAGUUGUUCACAAAUUCGAAACAAAUUUAAAUCUCAUUUAAAUAUUUAGCAACAAAUAUAUAAUGCUUGGAAAACUCGUAACUAUUAAAAUUACAAAAGCAAUUAAAAGGAGAAUAAGAAAUAUUGCCUUCGCCGGAUUAUGAACCUGGGAUCUCUGAAAUCAAAAGCCAACUACUGACCAAUUCGCUUCUACCGGGCCACGCAUCCUUUAGUUACCACGCGAAUGACGUUUUAUUAGUAAUACACUUUUUUCCAAAGCAUCGCGGAAAAGUAUUAGAAACUCUUUUUAUUUUUACCGAUUUCAAAUGAUCAUUAUCAAUAUUGAACGUAAAUGUCAACCUUUUUGGAAUGUUAUUUUGCUUGUUACGACAUAAUGUAUUCAUUCUUUAUGAAUCUAUAACAAUAUGGUUUGAAAAUUGUCAUUUAUCCUUUCCAUAACCAAGUCCAUUUUAGACUUCAUUUUAUCGUAUGUUAACCGCACGGUAUUAAUUGUGACUAUAUUAUCUUGGGCCAGUGCGAUAACGGUAAAGGGUUGACCAAAACACCGGGGUAAUUGGCUUUUCUUUUUAACUUAAAUGCAGACAAUGACAGUAGUUUAACUAGUUUUGAAAUAUUGACUGCACUUUUGUUGUUAAAGCUGUCGAUAUAAAUAUCACAAAUGCAGAAUACGAAACCAUACCAACAAUACAUACGUGCACAUCCCAGCGUGUAUUGUGUAGGAACAUGACACUUUCUUGUAUGGCAGCCAAAGGCAAGUAGUUAAAAUGUAUAUGGCCUGUGUCUUUCCGUGUAUUUGUGUAUGUUCUAAGUUGAAUUCAAUGUGUAAAGAUGAUAUUCUUGCUAACCCAUUGUAGUACUGAGCUUGUUCGUAUAACUUCUUAUGUAGGUAUUUAGAUUGAUAAACAUGUACGUGCUGGGCUAACGUUAUUUUAUAUGCUUCCUGACGCGUGGUAUAUUACUAUUUUCUCUAAUGGGAUACAACAGUUCAAUUCUUAUAAGUGUAGAACGCAUGAGGAAUAAAAGUGAACACUACAUUAUAUUAAUAAUUAAUUAAUACUUAUUACGAAGAUAAACAAAAAUGCAUGCAUUGCAUUAAUUAUAAACUUAUCAACCAAGCACAAUUCCUAAUUGUUCAUCUUAAUAAUAUUUAUAUGAUCGGGUUGUAAAAAAUACUUAUGUUUUCAUGAAAUGCAAACAAAAUAGGAAGUGUUUUUACUUGGCCUCAAAACAAGGAAAAUACCCUGUUAACAAUAAGAAGCAUUUUUCCCUUAUGGUGGUUCGUUGGUAGUAUAUGCAGGUAGUUUAAUUCGUGUAGUAGUUUGGUGUGAGAUUAUAAACACUAUGGCUGCAUUUAUAUUCAUUAUGUCAAAGUAUUCGUAUGUGUGCAUUUUGUUACUAUUUACCAUGGUCACUGAGGUAACCGGUCAUGGACGUUUGGUUGAACCACCGAGCCGUUCUUCCAUGUGGCGCCAGGGGUUUAACUCACUGCAGAAUUAUGACGACACUUCAUUGUUUUGCGGAGGGUUCAGUACCCAGUGGAGCAAGAACGGCGGCCAAUGCGGCGUGUGUGGUGAUAACUUUGCGGACAAUCCGCGACUCCACGAACCAGGUGGCAAGUUCUACACUGGGAUCAUCGUACGUAAAUAUGACGUCGGUCAGCUGAUUGACGUCGCCGUUCAUUUGACGGCAAAUCACAAAGGCUGGUUUGAGUUUCGUCUCUGCAAAAAUGACGCCGUAAACAAAACUCUAGAGCAAGCUUGCUUUGACCAACAUCUCUUGCAAGACAACCGAGGAGUGAAACGGUUUGAAAUCAGCAUGGGUAUGGAGAAUAUCAAGUAUUCUCUCAAACUUCCGGCUGGUGUUACAUGCCGCGCAUGCGUAUUGCAGUGGAGGUACAAUACCGGAAACAGCUGGGGCGUGGAUCCGGUUACCAAAAUCGGGUGCAUUGGAUGCGGGCCUCAGGAACAGUUUUACGGCUGUUCAGACAUCGCCAUCGGCGCUUCCGAUGUAACCACAGGACAGGUGUCGCCUAAUGUACCGGUUGUAGUCCCGAAAGGCGAUGUCGAUGACCGGAAGUGGCAAGAACUCGUGGAUCAUGACCGGAAGUGGCAAGAACACGUGAAUCAAUCCUGCGUAUGCGCACAAACCUCUGAAACCUCAAUACUUCAUGGCGGACCUCUAGCCAUAACUUGUCUUAUUGUAAUGAUGUUUAUUUGAUUGCUAGUUUACUGAAAGCGCGUUAUUCACCACCAGGUAUAGAAUGUAUCAAUUGGUAUCUCUGAAACUCCAAUCAAUCCGAGAAUAGUAUAUAUUUGGUUCAUUUUGAGAAUUUCGGACUUCAUAUUAAUUGUUUUCAUAAUAUAUAUUUUUAUAUAGUAUAUAGUGUACUCUAUUAAUAUAUUGCUUUGUUUUGGCCGUUUACCAGACGUAAUGUAUCGUAUUGUAUCGUAUACAAAAAAUAUUGCGUAAAGAAGUGUGUACCUUUGAUUUUUAUUAGCUCAAACUUGAUGAAGCCCGGCAUGUCCGAUACAUUUUUUCAGAUAAAACUGUACAUGUAUAAGUUUAUGAUGAAGUUUUAUAAGCUCUUACAUUCUUAAUAAAUAUAAAUAUGUUUUAA